UAUCAAAUGUGUUAGAUUCCGUUACAAACAUCUGCAAAUAUCUGGAUUUUAUUGACAGACGUGUGAGCUUUUGCUGCAUAUUGAUUCCAGCCUCGUCCCAAGGAAAAUUACUCAAAUGAUUUCGUGCCUGCUUUCACACGUACCAAUUUGGCAGAAUUUUCAAAACAAAACUUCCAUCAAAACACACUUUUCCUGUAUAAUCCAAACAGCGAGUAAUAUGAGCUACGGCUCAAAUAUGCAGCAGAAUCCAUGGGAUUCAGACAUACCUACAUUGGGUAAAAUCAAUGAUGUUUUGGCCCUUGCUGAACGAAAAGGUUAUGGAAAUUUGCUGCGAGAACGAGCAGAGGAAGAGCUCAAAGAAUAUAUCUUGGAGAACUCUCCAUCCAUUAUGCUGAUGAGUCUGCUCAAGGGGCUGACAAGGAAGAAGAAGGAACUAGACAGGGUAAAACUUCAAAUUGACUGCAGAAUGAGAGACAAGGAAACAGCUGAUAUCACUCAUGUUGACCAACAAGAGAAACAUGCAGAGAUGAUAGGAGAGAUGAACACACAUGUGCAGGCCAUAAUGAACACUAAAGACCUGCUUAUCAACCGACUGCAACGACCAUAUGUUGGGAAGUACAUCAAAAUGGAGGCGGCUUAUCACCGAUAUGCUGGUGAACUCUUCAAGUUGGCCACACCCAUUCUGGCAGACCUAGCCAUGCAUCUUGAUGACAUCAAGUGGUCCAAAAAUCUCAAUGUCGAUGACGGGGCGGUUGAGACCAUCCUCGGAGAAAUAUCGAGUGCACUUGCUGAAGUUACAACAAAUUUUCAAUCUAUGCUGCGAGUUAGAGACUCCAUGAAAACUCUUCAUGACAGGACUAUUACUGACUGAGCUUGUGUAAAAAGUUCUGUAAGCGAAUUGUAAAGAGUAAGGGUGUCUUAGUAUCCAUAUGACUUCCAGUGUGCAAACUUGAUUUUGAAAAAAGGGGAAAUAAAGUGUGAUUUGCUGAACAUAUUUGGAAUAUGUCAAUAGGAAAUAGGGUAUUCUGUCUAUCAUACAAGUCUCCUUCUGAAAUAGGAGAUAAUUUGCACAAUUGAUAAGAAAUACAACUGCCAGUUAUUUUGAAUAAUA